AUGUCAAAAUUCACUGUUAAUACCGUCAGUUUAGGUGCCGUGGGGAUUGCGUCAUAUUUUUGGGGUUUAUCGGGAUCUAAAGAAAAACUCGAUACCAAAAAACCAAAUUUACCUGCUCCAACACCUACUUCUCCAUUACCUGCUAAUGUUGGUAUAAAUCCUGAAGGGUUUUACAAAUAUGGAUUUCCUGGUCCAAUUCAUGAUUUACAAAAUAGACAAGAAUUUAUAAGUUGUUAUGAUAGAUCUAAACGUAAUCCUUAUUGGGUGGUUGAACAUAUUACUAAGGAAUCGAUCAAAUCCAAUGGUGUGGUGGACAGAAAGAAAUCUAUCUUUAAAGAAGAUGAAGCUAUACCUUUUAAAUUCAGAAAUAAAUUGAGAGAUUUUUUCCGUUCAGGUUAUGAUAGAGGACAUCAAGCACCAGCUGCUGAUGCUAAGUUCAAUCAAGAUGCCAUGAAUGAAACUUUCUACUUAACUAACAUUUCACCUCAAGUAGGUGAUGGAUUUAAUAGAGAUUAUUGGGCUCAUUUUGAAGAUUUCGGUAGAAGAUUAACAGGUAAAUAUGAUAAUGUUAGAAUUAUGACAGGUCCUUUAUAUUUACCUAAAAAAUGUUCUGACGGGAAAUUCAGAGUUGAAUAUGAAGUUAUAGGUUCACCUCCAACAGUAGCUGUUCCUACCCAUUUCUUUAAAUUGGUAAUUGGAGAAAAUAAUAAUUCCGAUACCAUUGAUGUGGGAGCGUUUGUGUUACCUAAUGAAAUAAUUGAAAAUUCUUCCCCUUUAACAACCUUCCAAGUUCCUGUAGAAGCAUUGGAAAAUUCAAGUGGGUUGGAAUUAUUACACAAAGUAGCUCCUCAUAAAAAAAGAGAUUUAUGUAAAUACAAUAGAUGUGAAAUUAUCGUCAGAGAAUUUCCAAAAAACGUCAAUAAGAUAUUGACUUUAGAUAGCAAAUAG